UAUAUACGUGUAACACUCGAACAAAACUUGUGGUAGAUAAUCAAGGAACUGUACAAUAAUGGAUAAGUCUCUUCCCCUCCAUUCUUGCCAUGUCCAAAAACUCUCCCUCAUCAUCCACCGAACUCAUACUAGUCUACACUCAAUAGCCAUAUCCUUCCUUCUUUACUAUAGAGCUUCUUUCUUCUUCCAAGACACUAUAUGGACUACACCCAAAUUACUAUUUCCAUGGCUAUUCAUCUCCUCUUCCGAGCUUGUCAUCUCCUUCAUCUGGCUCCUCGGCCAAGCUUAUCGGUGGCGUCCGGUAACUCGCUCCGUCUUCCCCGAAAGAUUGCCCGGCGACGAAAAACUUCCGUCCCUCGACGUCUUCAUUGUCACCGUGGAUCCAGAAAAGGAGCCAACUUUAGCCGUGAUGAACACUGUUUUGUCGGCCAUGGCGAUGGACUAUCCGGCGGAGAAGCUUCACGUCUAUUUGUCGGACGAUGGCUGUUCUUAUUUGACUUUGAAAGGUUUGAGAGAGGCUUGGGCCUUCGCAAAGUGGUGGAUUCCGUUUUGCACAAGUUAUAAGAUUGGUAAUAGAUGUCCGGAGGCUUAUUUCUUUGGUGGUGAAGAUUUGGACUCUGAUUUAAUUUGUAAUGAUGAGUUUAAGAUCGAGAGAGAAAGAUUAAAGGAGAGAUAUGAGAUAUUUAAGUAUAGAGUUAAGGAAUAUGCAAGAAUCGGCGAGAAGAAGGCUAGCAAUCAUACUAGGGAUCACCCAGCUAUCAUCGAGGUAAUGCGAGACUCCUCGAAUGAUACAAUGCAUGUCAGAAUCCCUCUCCUUGUUUAUGUUUCUCGAGAAAAAAGGCCUUCUUAUCCUCACCAUUUCAAGGCCGGAGCCCUUAAUGUUCUUCGAGUCUCUGGAAUGCUAAGCAACUCUCCGUACAUUCUAGUGCUGGACUGUGACAUGUAUUGUAAUGACCCAACUGCAGCUCGGAGAGCAAUGUGUUUUCAUCUUGAUCCCAAGAUAUCAAACUCUCUCGCUUUUGUUCAAUUCCCUCAAAGAUUUCGCAACAUCAGUAAAAACGAUAUCUACGACAGUCAACUUAGAUCUGUUUUCAGCGUACAAUGGCAAGGAGUAGAUGGACAGAGCGGACCAAUCUUAUCUGGUACUGGUUUUUUUAUGAAAAGAUUAUCACUAUGUGGAAAAGACAUUAUCAAAGAAGAUCCGACAAAUCUUAGACAAGCUUUUGGUCCGUCUAAUGAAUUUGUCAAAACACUGCUUCAAGGCGAAAACUACAAGCCUAACAUGAUGACUACUGGUGGAGAUAAGACAACAUUAUUGCUAGAAGAGAUGAAACUAUUAGCUUCUUGUUCAUAUGAAAUUGGCACUAAAUGGGGUCAAGAGGUGGGAUUUCUAUAUGGUUCAAUCGUGGAAGAUUACUUAACUGGAUUUACAUUACACUGUAAAGGUUGGACUUCUGUCUAUUGUGACCCGCCAAGGCCACAAUUCUUGGGUUGUGGCACCACAACCUUGAAUGACUAUUUCAUUCAAAACAUGCGGUGGAGCUCUGGUUUGGUUGAAGUUGGUAUCUCAAAGUAUUGCCCUCUUAUGUAUGGUCUCUUUCACAUGUCUAUUUUUCAAAGCAUGUGUUAUGCAGAACUUGCAUUUUCACCUCUUUCUUUCCUCUCCUCAUGGUGCUUUGCCACCAUUCCUCAGCUCUGCCUAUUAAAUGGAAUUCAUGUGUACCCCGAGGUCUCUAGUAGAUUUUUCACGAUCAUCUCUUUUCUUUUCCUCUCGGUCUUGUCUAAGCAUUUAUACGAGGUACUCACAACAGGAGGGUCACUCAAGACAUGGAUAAAUGAGCAAAGAAUUUGGAUGAUGAAGUCAAUCAUUUCUCAUUUAUAUGGAUGUGCAUAUGUACUUUUGAAGAGGAUUGGUAUUAGCGAAGCUCGUUUCUUUACCACUAAUAAAGUCGAAGAUGAUGGACAAGAAAAUCUUUACCAAAAGGGCAUAUUUGAUUUCCAAACAUCUACUACGUUCCUCGCUCCGAUGGCCGCCAUAAUCGUCUUGAACAUGGUUUCCUUUCUUGUGGGGAUUGCUAGGGCCAUCUUCAUCGGAGAUUUAAAUAAGAUGUUUGCUCAAGUUUUUAUCUCAUUCUAUAUUUUGGUUAUAAAUUACCCAAUUGUUCAGGGGAUGGUAACAAGGAACGAUAAGGGCAGAAUUCAAUCCUCAGUCACCGCGUUAUCUACUCUAUUUUGUGUGGUUUUCUUGGCAUUAAUAUAUGUCAUUUCCUUGUACUGAGGUGUGUGCAUACUCACACACACACACAUAUAUAUAUGCUUGACAAUUUCCAAUUAUCGGUAUGUUAAACAUUAAUAAAUCCCAGCUUUUCCUUUCAGGAACAAGCUAGUGCUGUUAUCUAUAGCCAAGUACAUUCUGGAUUUUGGUCUUUUUGGUUGAUCGAGCCCCUACUUUUUUGGACCACUCCGUAGAAUUAUUAUUAUUUUUUUUC